UUGAAUCUGUGUGCUCAGAACGAGCAGCUGAAUCGCAUAAAAAGGGACUUAAACGAAUCCCACGAUAAAGUCACGAUCACCGAGAAGCUGGUUGACAGAUACGUUAGCGCCAUUGGCUGGAUUUCAUCCACCAUGAAGUGGAACAACUCUGUAAAGCUGGAUAUUAAGGACUCCGAGGCCAGCUUCAACGAGCUCGGACGUUCAGUUACGACCUCUUGUGGUUGCACAACCAGCGAAGGCUGUUGCAAGAGCAAUAGCUCCCUGAAUCAACCAGUCAGGGACCUUUUUAACCACACCACUCAGGGCCUGAGUUCUUUCCUCGCCAGCAUGAAAAAUAACCGCGUGAAGACCGAUUUAAUUUCCAAUAUGAUAGUUCAUCAGAACACUGAGCUCGACAAAAUAAACUCAUCGGCACUCUCACUAAGGGACCGUGUGUCCACUAUCAACAAGACACUAAAGGAAUGA